AGUUGCGCUGCAAUGAAAGCAAUGGAAAUUACUUGUAAAUAGCUUAUGUCCAGUAUGAAGGCAGUGCAGAAUCAUAUGACGCCGCACAAGGCUCACUAAUAAUAAUAACAAUCCUUUAAACUUAAUUACUAGUUAACAUAUUAAUAUUCAAUUUUUUCAUUUCUAGAUCCUCGCACUGAAUCUAUAUUUAAAUACACUCCAUAUUUCGUUUUCAUAAUACUUUCAAUCUAUACAAUUUUUGUUUUAUAUCUGGGACCAAAAAUAAUGUCAAAACGUAAUCCGAUGAAUAUUAAAAGCAUGAUAUUAAUGUAUAAUUUUGCACAAGUGGUAUUAAAUGGGAUCUUAGCAUUUUGGGGUCUCUAUCGCUUGAUCGUUCUUCGUCCAUAUGAUAGCCUACUUUGUAUGACUAUACAGAAAGACAAUACUGAAGCAGCUUCCGUUGAACUUCGUAUCGUGUAUAGUUACUUACUGUUGAAAAUGUUGGACUUAAUGGAUACAGUUUUCUUUGUACUACGUAAAAGCACAAAACAAAUAACUUUUUUACAUGUGUAUCAUCAUAUCAUGGUAGCAUUGGGUUCAUUUUUAUAUGCCCGUUAUAGUCCAGGAGGACAUAUUCUAGUGAUUUUGAUACUUAACAGUAUAGUUCAUGUUGUUAUGUAUUUUUAUUAUCUUAUGUCUGCGCUCCGAUUAAAAUAUUUUAAUGUUGAUGGAUUAAAACGGUAUAUAACACAAAUUCAAAUUAUACAAUUUGUUAUAUAUAUAAUAUCUUAUGGGAUUACACUCUUCAUUGAAUGUGAUUAUCAAUUAUGGGCAAAAAUGUGGGGUUGUUUCCAAAGUGUAUUUGUUCUCUUGCUCUUUCUAAAUUUCUAUCUUAAAUCAUACCUUCAAAAAUCUAAACUAAAAUCUACUUAUAAAAUCCAAUAAGUGUAAAGUUUAUUUAAGUUCAAAGUAGUG